AUGGUUGAUGACGAUAAUACAGAUUAUUAUGAACUCUUGGGUAUUCAAAUCACAGCUACUGAUGGGGAUAUCAAGAAAGCCUAUCGAAAGAAGGCAUUGACUGUUCAUCCUGAUAAAAAUCCAAGUCCAGAUGCAGCCAUCUUAUUUCACAAGUUGAAUCAAGCACAAGAAAUACUAAUGGAUGUACAGAAAAGAGCAGCUUAUGAUAAUCUCUAUCGAGCACGAUUAGAACGCAAAAAGAAACAACAGGAAAUGGAUAGCAAACGAAGGCAGGCACAAGAAGAAUUAGAAGCUCGAGAAAACAAGGCAAAGAAGGCUCGUAUGGAACAAGAACAAAUGGUGGCUCAGCGUGAAGCAGAACUGGCUCGAUUACGUGCGGAAAGGGAACGAAAACAACAAGAAGAUAUAGAAUUUGCAGAACGGGAGAAGAAACGACGAGAAGAAGAAGAAAAAGUACCUGUGGUAGAAGAUAUUGACUUGGCAUUGAAGUUUAAAUGGAAAAAGAAGAAAUACCCUUUAUCAACACAAGAUCUUGAACAACUAUUGAAACCUUUGGGAGCCACUGAUGUUGCUGCAUUAACCGAAAAGAGAAAAGGACAUACUAUGGUAGUAUUUAACACCGUGGUAGAUGCUCAUGCGGUGAUGACAAGCAAAGAUACCAAUCCUUCCUUAUCAAUAUUUGAAACAAUAGACUGGGCGUCAGGACAUGAACCUGCCAUCAUCACCAAAAUGAAAAAGGAUGAAGAACGAAGAAAACAAUUGGCAGCGGCGAGGAUGGAAAAUGAUGCAAGAACAAUGUCUUCUACUACCUCAUCUGCAAGUAAACCAUUAUUUAAGACUGGACAACAAUCUUCCUUUUUUAAAAAUAUCAAGAUACCUUCACCUAUGGUAAUCAAUAUAUAUAUAUGA